AUGGUUAAUGCGUAUAGUUUGGACGGGGUUGUUACAAUCGGACUCCUUAUAAUAUGCACCUGUGCGUAUAUGCGACGUGUUCCAAAACUUCGUUCGUGUUUAGACAUGGAGUCCGUAUCUGUCCCUUCUGAGGCUUCCGAGUCCAAACAGUCAGAGGUAGAAAAGCUUAUGCAGCUUCUCUUUCUCUCAUCUGUCCAAAUGGAUACGGUUGAUGAUCAGCAGCUAAUAGGAUGUGUUGCCCAGCUAUCCGCCUUGUCUUUACAAGAACUCGCCGAGGCUCCCUCUCGUAUACAAGCAGAAGAAGAAAGUCUUCGUCAUCAAACUGAAAAACUAGCUGUUGAAAACUACCCAAUAUUUUUGGCCAACGCGAGCACCAGUCGUGAGGUGCAUAGGGAAUUUGAGUCAAUUUCCACUUCUAACGAUUUACUGUUGAAUCUGGUAUCCCAAGCAUUAUCAACAGCCCAGGCUAUCUCUCGAAAGACAGACAACUACGGACUUAAGUUCAGGCGGAAUGCGAGGUUGGCCCAAAAUCAUACACAGGUACCGUUUAGGUAUGCCCCUUUGCUUUUCUAUGUCAACCCCAGACGGACUGUCUUCUUUUCUUGUCAGCUUCUCGAAUUCCUGGAAUUGCCGCAAUUAAUGGAAACUUGUGUGCAAAAUGGCUACUAUGAAGACGCUCUGAAUAUCCUUGCUCACGCCAAACGCAUAUGUAAAAAACAUGGCCAAUCGGUACCCGUUGUCAGAAUUAUCGCGGCACAAACCGAACAAAUCAGUGGUCAACUGUUCUUUCAACUCUGCAAGCAGUUACGAGAGCCAAUCACUUUGCCCGUCUGUCUUAAAGUAAGCAUCCAUCCCCAUGCUCGCUGA